GGCGCGUUGGUUCUUGCGCGUUACCCAAGGUCCUCUGGAUAGCCCGUGGCCUUUUUGGCGAGUGUGCGGGGAGGUGGACAGAGAGAGCGCAUAGAGUGCGCGGUGAUCGAUCCUUCGGGAUCCCGAGGAGCUAACACAUAUCCCACCCUCGGAGUGUUCCAAGGAGUGCGUGUACCCUGUGAGUCCAUCUAUCCUACAGACCAUUCCGUGCUACUCCAGAAGAAGAAGAAAAGGAAGAACAAAAAGAAGAAGAACGCCGAUGGUGGCUAUUUGGUGCGAGCGUGUGUGUUAGUGUUCAACCGUCAAUCAACAACCUAGCUACCAAUCAACCGUUCAAUCUAUCAGUACCCAUGCUCCUUGCUCCUUGACAGCAACCAACAGUAGUAGCAGUAGCUUCAUGCCGAGUAUCUACGCAGCAGCAGUGGGUGAAGCAAGAGAAUACAAGGUUUAAGCUCCUAGAACAACAUCUGAACGUUUUCCAUUCACACCAGUCCAUAUGCGUGUGUGCAGUGUCAAAAGCAAUAAAUAGCAGUAGACAGUUGUUGCGAACGAAGCGAGGUGGCGAAGACGAUACGUAUCUGAAAAGGGCGUUGUUGUCUCUCGUCGGUGCGCAGCAUCCCUUCCCGUCACAACGCGCGCGCGGGCGUGUGUGCGUACGCACUUGCAUCUUGGUGUGCGUGCAUGCAUGCGUGCGUAAGAAGUGGGUAGUAGUGCAGUGCAGGAAGUGACGAUCGCGACCGGAGUUCUUCUACUCCUCUAGAGCGCAUCUUGCAGCCAGCUAGCCAGCGCCCAUCCCAUGUGUUUCGUGCGCCGCCAGGCAGGUGACCAGGUGACAGGUUGGUAAAGGAGAGGGGAGGGCGAGGUCGGAUAGGGAGGCGGCGAUGCAUCGCUGGCCAUCGGCCCAGGUGUCCUCGGUCCACUGUGGUCCGGUGCCGCGCCAACAGGGCACCAUCGCUCGCACCAUGGGGAAAGGAUAUAAGAGAAAAUGCUAAACAGUGCCCUGGAGUCGGACGACGACGACGUGCAGGACGAGGUGCGAGACAGUAAGCGGUAGUGGUGCUGGUGCUGUUGGUGGCUCUAACGCCGAAGAGCAAAGACAAAUCGUGUGGGGGAGAGGGCCGUGUGCCACACCUGUCCUGUAGUGGGUGGGCGCUCUGCAUCCACCACCCCUAAAAAAGAAGAAACACUGUGCAGUGUGUGUGUAUGUGUGUGUGUGUUCUUGUAAAAGACCGCACAGAUAAAAAAGGACGCAACAAGAAAAGGGAGAAUAGGGAGGACUAGUGAACCACCAACCCAACCAGGAGCCCCUGCACAAGAGGGUGCGAGGUUGCUUAAAAAUGCAGCAGCAGCGGAAAGUGGGCACCGGCAGCCGGUGGCCCGGUGUGAUGGCCGUCGGGGUGUUGGUACUACCGCUGCUCGUCCUGCUCCUUGAUGUCGCGCUAUGUGAAGAGCAAACGACUGAAGUGUCGGCCGAUGGCCUAGAUGGGGCGUCUUCUUCCGGCAAGCUAGGACAACAGCAGCUGCAGCACAGCGGUCCGAACAAGCUCGGUGCCGCGUGGCAGAUCUUCGGUUCGAAUGGUAUGCGCCAGUCGGAGGGGCGGCUGGUGAAGGCAAAGCAGCGGAAGACGAAGCAACACCAAAAAGAUCCGGGCAGCCGACCACCGCUGCCACCAGGCAAGAUCAUGAUGGCGCCGCCACGGCGUCGGAACAGCUUCAACCACAACGCUUCGGUCGCAAUCGUCCGGAGUGCCGGCCUAUCGCACCAUCCGAUCGGUGGCAUCGGUGGCAACGCUGGUGGUGGUGCUAGCGGUGUGUACGGCUCGCUCUCACACUAUGACACUCUGUACGGGGUCCGUGGUGUGGAGCGGCGGGACAACGAUGGUUUCCGGCCAUUCGAGCGCUUCGGACCGGUUGGCCAAAUCGGCGGUUACCACCGGCACCCGGAGGACGACAUCUUUCGGUCGGACGACGAACUGCUACUAGAAUCGACUGGCGGCGGUGGUGGUGAUGGGGCCGGGGCGGAUCUGUCGGUUGUCGGCGGGGGCCCUGUCGGUGGCCUGCAGCACUGCGACAUCAAGUGCGAACCGCGCGAGUUCCUGUGCGACAAGAGCUGCGCCUGCAUCCACAUGGAUCUGCACUGCGACGGGCAGGCGGACUGCGUGCUGAUAGAGGACGAGCAGAACUGCGAGGUCGUCCACCAGCUGCUGGCCCAGCAGAUCAAGGACAACUGUGAGACGAGCGGUACGCACGUGAUCUGCGCCACCACGCAUACCUGCAUCUCGCGCGAUUGGCUGUGCGACGGCGACGACGACUGCGGUGACUAUACUGACGAGACGCACUGCGGCUCCCGUCUUGACUGUACCGAUGGGAAGUUCGAGUGCCAGAAUGGAAUGUGCAUACCGCACGAUUGGGUCUGCGACGGUGAUAACGAUUGCAAUGACCUGUCGGACGAGCGCAACUGUACCAAACAGUGUACCCGGGACGAGUUCCGGUGCAAGGACGGUUCGUGCAUCUCAGCCUCGUUCCUAUGCGAUGGUGAGACGGAUUGCAUCGACGAAUCGGACGAGGCGAACUGUGACCAGCCGAUGCAGAAUUGCCCGGAGGGCGAGUACAAGUGCAAGGGUGCGCUCGGUGGCAUGGGUGGCCCCGGGGGCCGGUGCGUGCUACUGCGGUUCCGGUGCGACGGUGACAACGACUGUGGUGACUGGAGCGACGAGGAGAACUGUCCAAAAAAACAGGUCGACUGUAUGAUCAACGAGUUCCGCUGCGACGACGGUGACUGCAUACCGCUCCAGUGGCGCUGCGACGACAAGCAGGAUUGCAACAACGGAGAGGACGAGAAGAGCUGCCCGGUCGAUCGGGUGGCCGGCCAUGUCUGCUCGCAUGACGAGUACACCUGCAAGGACGGUCGCUGCAUACUGCGUACGUGGGUUUGCGAUGGAGCGGCCGACUGUCGGCGAGGCGAGGAUGAGCAGGACUGUGACAUCAAGUGCGAGCUGAACCAGUUCCUCUGCCCGACCGGCACCAGAAACAGUAGCCGCGACUCGGUAUGCAUCAAUCAGAAGCACGUGUGCGAUGGCCAUAGCGACUGCGCGAACGGUGAAGAUGAGCAACGGUGUCCGAUAGCGCAUCCUUGCGGUGCGCACGCCCGCUGCGAGCAACUGUGCGUGACGGCGUACAGCGGCCGAGAGGAGUGUAUGUGCCGGCCGGGUUGGCUGCUGCACGGGAACGGCUACAACUGUACUGAUAUCGACGAGUGUGCGAUCACGAGCACACCGGUCUGUUCGCAGCAGUGCACGAACGUGGCCGGUAGCUUCCGGUGUUCGUGUCAACCCGGUUACGUGCUGCGGCCGGACCAACGGACCUGCAAAGCGGUUGGCGGUUCGGUGAAGCUGCUGAUGGCGAACCGGGCCGACAUCCGGCAGGUAUCGCUCAGCAACAACCAGUACACGUCGAUCGCAAAAGGGCUGCCGAAUGCGAUCGCACUCGAUUACCACUACCGGCAGGAUCUGUUGUUCUGGACCGACGUCUCGAUCGACGUCAUCAAGCGCUCGCACCUGAACGGCAGUGGCGUCCGGGACGUGGUCAAGUGGGGCCUCGAGUCACCAGGCGGGUUAGCCGUCGACUGGAUCCACGAUCUGCUAUUCUGGACCGACUCGGGGACACGGCGCGUCGAAGUGUCCACCCUCGAUGGGCAGAUGCGUGCCGUCAUAGCGGCCAACGAGCUGGACAAACCCCGGGCCAUUGCCGUGCAUCCGGGGCGCGCCACCGUCUUCUGGACCGACUGGGGCACCAGUCCACGGAUCGAGCGCGCCUACAUGGAUGGAUCGGAGCGGCAGACCCUGAUCUCGGAGGCCAUCUUCUGGCCAAACGGGCUGACAAUCGAUUACACCAGCGACCGGCUGUACUGGGCAGACGCGAAGCACGUCAUUGAGAGUGCCGGGCUGGAUGGGCGCGGUCGGCGGAAGAUCCUGAGCAACAACCUACCGCACCCGUUUGCGCUCGCCCUGUUCGAGGACUCGAUGUACUGGACCGAUUGGCACACAAAAACCAUCUCCACGGCGAGCAAGGUGAAUGGGCGUGGGUUCCGCGUCGUGCACGAAGGGCUCCACUUCCCGAUGGGCAUCCAGAGUUACCAUCCGUCACGUCAACCGGACUACCCGAACCGCUGCCCACUGACGGGUGGGUGGCGCGGUGGCUGCUCGCAUCUUUGCCUCCCCAACCGGGCCCACAGACGCUGCGCCUGCCCGAUCGGCCUUACGCUCCGGGCGGACCAGCGCACCUGCUCGACUGUACCGAAUAAACUGUUGCUGAUCGUGCGCAAGAAGGAUGUCCGAGUGCGGCAGCUCGACAGCCUGAACCCGGUCGAUAUGGUGCUACCACUCGAUGGCAUCAAGUCGACGGUGGCGGUCGAUUGGUGUAGCCGAACGAACGUCAUCUACUGGACGGACGUCGGCAAGAGCAUGAUCAGCCGGGCGUUCAUUAAUGGUAGCGGCCAGGAGCCGAUCAUUCGCUCGAACCUCAUCUCACCGGCCGGCCUUGCGUUCGAUUGGAUCACGGAGAAGAUUUAUUGGACUGAUCCGGGCACGAAUCGGAUCGAAGCGGCCACGACCGAUGGACGCCACCGAGUGCUCCUCAUCUGGGAACGGUUGGAUAAGCCGCGCGACAUCGUCGUACAUCCGGGUGAAGGGUACAUGUUCUGGUCGGACUGGGGCUCGAAUCCGCUCAUCGAACGGGCCGGCAUGGACGGGAGCGGCCGGUUCACGCUCGUCAGCGAGAACCUGCAGUGGCCGAACGGGUUGGCGCUCGAUGUGGACAAGCAGCGGCUCUACUUCCUGGACGGUGGCACCAAAUCGCUCGAGUACGUUAACUACGACGGCACGGGAAGGAAUCGGUUGCUGCAGGAAGGCCUCCACCAUCCGUUCGGGCUAGAUGUGUACGAACGGCGUGUCUACUGGACCGACUGGGAUACGCACAGUAUCCAGGUGGCGGACAUGUACACCGGGCGGGAUCGGCGCACCAUCCUCGCCAACAAUAGCGACCUCAUGGACAUCCGGGUGUUUCACCGAAACCGGCGAACCGAUGGGCCGAACCCGUGCGCCCACAACAACGGUGGCUGCUCCUACAUCUGUUUGCUCAACCCAACCAGCUACAGCUGCGCCUGCCCCAUCGGUAUCCAGCUCAAGGACAAUGGCAAGACGUGCAAGGCAGGACCGUCGAACUACCUGAUCUUCGCCCACCGGACCGAGGUCCGGCAGGUGUCGCUGGACAGUGACUACCAGAUCGACGUGGUGCUCCCGCUGCCACCGAUCUCGAACGUGGUCGCCCUUGAUGUGGACCGGCGGACAGGGGAGAUCUACUGGGCCGAUACGAUCGAGGACGUGAUCAUGCGCUCCACACCCGACGGUAUGCGCAUCAAGCAGAUCUAUAGUGAAAGCAUGACCAGCGUCGACGGGUUGGUGAUCGAUUCGAUUGGCCGCAAGCUUUACUGGACGGACGCAGGGCGCAAGGUGCUGGAGGUGAGCGACUUGGAGGACGGCUCCCGCAGUGCGCUGAUCUGGCGCGAGCUAGAGCAACCACGGGGCAUCGCGCUGGACUACGAGUCCGGACUGCUGUUCUGGUCGGACUGGGGUGCAUACCCACGGAUCGAGCGCGCCAACAUGGACGGUGAAGCGCGGGUCAACCUGAUCAGCGAGGGGCUCGGUUGGCCGAACGGGCUAGCGGUGGACCGGGCGCAACGGCGCAUCUACUGGGCCGACGCGCAUAUGAAGACGAUCGAGUCGUGCAGCCUCACUGGUACGUUCCGGGCCCGGCUAGCCGAGAACCUGCCACAUCCGUAUGCACUGGCCGUCACCGCGCAUCACAUAUACUGGACGGACUGGAUCACGAAGGCGCUCCACACGGUGCCGAAGGUGGGGCCGGCGACGCACCCGAUCCGCAACGUCACACACGGGCUCGAGGGCCUGAUGGACGUAAAGGUGGUCCAGGAGAACGAUGGCCGACAGCUGGAGAACAUAUGCGGUCCGACGAACGGUGGCUGCUCGCACCUGUGCCUCCGCAACCCGACCGGCUACAGUUGCAAGUGCCCGACCGGGCUGACCAUGCGCGAUGGUAGCACCACCGACUGCAAAACCCUGCCCGAUGAGUUUCUGCUGAUUGCGCUACGGUCCGGCAUUGGUCGGAUUUCGCUCGAUACGCCCGACCUGUUCGAUGUUGUGCUGCCGAUCGAGGGAGUGCAUGGGGCGGUGGUGUUGGACUACCACUACGACAGCAUGCAGCUGUAUUACGCCGACGUGAACGUGGAUGCGAUCCGUCGCAUCAACAUGCUCAACUACUCCGACACGCAGGUGGUGGUGGCGAGCGAACUGAACACCCCGAACGGUAUUGCGGUGGACUGGCUGGCCGACAACCUUUACUGGACCGAUACGGCGCUGAAGAAGAUCGAGGUGGCCCGGCUGGACGGUUCGAACCGGAAGGCGGUCCUCACCGACGGGCUCGAUGAUCCGCACUCGAUCAUCCUCUAUCCGAAGCGAGGCUUCCUGUUCUGGGCCGACUGGGGCGCAACGCCCAAGAUCGAGCGGGCUUACAUGGACGGCAGUGGACGGCGGAAUAUCAUCGACUUCGAGCUCGGUUUCCCCACCGGCCUGGCAAUCGAUUUCGACACCAAGAAGCUGUACUGGGCGGACGCGGUCCAGGAUCGGAUCGAGAUGUGCGACUUCGAUGGGCGCCGGCGGACGCAGGUGGUGGCGCACGCGACGCACCCGUUCGGCUUCACCCUCACCGGUACGCACCUGUUCUGGACGGACUGGUACAACAAGUCGGUACUGCGCGCCCCCAAAGACACCGUCACUAGUGUCGAGGUGGCCCGUUUUAGUCUGCGCGGUGCGCUGGAGGUACGCUCGGUGUCUGGCAGCCGUCAGCCGCACGACUGGAACCCGUGCCGGCGCGACAACGGUGGCUGCAGCCACCUGUGCCUGUUUGCUGAGACGCGCUACGUUUGUGCCUGCCCGGACGUACCUGAUCCGACCGGCCGGCCCUGCCAUCUCGAGCCGACGUCUGUCGUGCCGAUGAAGCCGAACGACGAGAUGCUUUCUGCGUCCGACGAGCGGCCCAUCAAGUCGAACGGCUCUACCGUGCUGAGCAGCAGCAAGAUGCACGCCCAGCUCGUCAUUAUUGCCACCGCCAUCCUUGCGGGUCUGCUCAUCGUCGUGAUCAUCGCCAUUUUGGUACUAAUCGUCAACUCGAAGCGCAAGCAAACGAAAAAGUGCUCACGAAGUGCGAGCGACGUGCUGACCUUUACCAAUCCGAACUAUAACGGGAUGGUCGACAGUCUGUGCACCGGUGCCGAUGUGGCCUCGAUAUCUCGCAACACUAUCUGGAAGCGACUCAAGUACGAUCGGGCACAGGAGCGAGUGUUUGAGGAGAAAUACCUGGGGGUGCAGCACACAGCUGGCACUGGCGGUAUCGGUUGCAUCGGCAGCAGUAAUGGCACCAGCGGCGGUGGUGGCGGGGGUGGCAGCAGUGCCGGCGGCUAUAUGGAGUCUAACGGGAAGCCCACCUCCAUGAUGGCGCCCGCUUCGGCCGCACUUCCUGUCUAACGAGCGCCUGGCGGACCACCUUACCGGACGUUUGUGCGAUCGCGAUGUGCGAGUGAAGGCGAGGUCUUCGUCGCCUAGGCGCAGUAUUCAGGAGCAGGAGAGGGCAGGGUAUGGCAGGGUAGGGAGGCGUGGAGCCGUUGAGGCGAGGCUCACGAUGCGUUAAGACUUUACGACUAAACUCGGCAGCUACUUCGAACUUCAUGUCCAAAGUCUAAACUACUUACAAGAAAGAAAGAGUGAUAAGCAUAUAGACAGAUAGAGAGAGAAAGAGAGAAAGAGAGAAAGAGAGAAAGAGAGAAAGAGAGAAAGAGAGAAAGAGAGAAAGAGAGAAAGAGAGAAAGAGAGAAAGAGAGAAAGAGAGAAAGAGAGAAAGAGAGAAAGAGAGAAAGAGAGAAAGAGAGAAAGAGAGAAAGAGAGAAAGAGAAAAAGAGAGAUAGAGAGAAAAAAAGAGAGAAAGAGAGAAGGAGAGAAAGAGAAAAAGAGAGACAGAGAGACAGAGAGACAGAUAGAAAGAGAGAGAGGCAAUCUAUUCUGAUAGCUCUACCCCUAUUAGACUACUUCUAACUCUUUUCUUCGACACCUCGGGCACUCGUCAGCGAAGACGAGCCAGCAUCUUAAAGGGAUGCAUCCACGAUCACACAUGCGUGACCAAACACGUAACGAGGCGCAUGUUGAUGCUAAGAAUAACCGUCGAUAACUUGCUCGUGAAUUAACGAGCUGGAUUGAAAUUGCUGAUCCCAAAUGAGAAAAGUGUGCCAUAAAAGUGGGACAAAGGCGCGACAUUAACCUGGGACAAAAGCGGGACCUUGUCCCACAAUAUUUAAUAUGGCAUGGCGAACAAUUGUCCUCGAAUCAGUUCCAAACCAACCGGUGCGGUUUUGGUACUGUUCCUAAAGGGUUUUUUCGAGCAUCAGAAAACAUUUUCAUAAUAAUUAUAUUUUCGUAACUAUUUAUGUAUUUAAAUUGGUCACUAUUAGAACAUCACUAAAGCCAUUCGUGGCACAGAAAGGCAAUAAUUAGCUCGGGAAACUCCUUUUAACGACAUCUUCUGCUCGCCAAGAACCUUCCUUCAGUCCUAAUGUCCUCCGUCCUUAACAGCAUCUAUGCCAGCUCCGGCAACUAUUGCAUUGAAAAGACCGUGGAAAAUUCUUGAUUUUUACGAUUAAAAUCACUUUUUAACUGGAACAACUUACCGAACUGCAUUCGCGCUCAACUGUUCUGUUCGGAUUCGAGGCCAUGAACCGAUAAGUUUGUCCCAAAAAUGGCGUGAUGUCCAACUUCCAACCCCGUACCGAUUCAAGUGUCUCAUUAGAAUGCGCUUCGUUAUGUGUUUGGUCGCGCAUGUGUGAUAGUGGAUGCCUGCUUAAACCUCCUCGCGCUAGUGGCUUGGCGAGAGGUAGGGGAAGGCUCAUAACCUAACCUCCUGCACACCAGAACCUCGCUCUGCAGCGCAGUGGGCGCUUUUCCAUGGACAAAGAGUCCAGUAAAACUGCGGCUACACGAUACAUAAAGUUGCGGCUAAACGACAGCGAAUGUUCGACGACGACGAGACGAAUAGUUUGUAUUUUUACGUCAUCCCAUACAAAUGCGCGAACACUUGAUCGCGAACACAUGAAUGCACGUGUAUGUAGCGAAAACACAGCGAAUGAACCUAAACCGCUGUCAUUUCAUAUAAAAAAAACCCUCUAGUGGAGCUCUGGCGAAGCGUUGGCGAAGAAAAAAAAAGGGUUCGUAACGAUUUUGCUCAGAGUGAGCAAAAUCGUCGCGGACCUAUUCGUUUGUCGUGUGGACGCAGUUUAAGGCGCUGCUACACUGAUUGCGGUACGUGCGGUACUUGCGGAAGUCUCGGACGCUUUUUGGCUUGUCAAACACGGUAUCCAACGAGAUUGUUCAGAUUUGCUUUUGUUGCGACACGAGCGGCAGUUGCAGCAGUGUUGUGAUUUUGUACAGAUUUGCCGCACGUACCAGUGUGGCAGCGCCAUUAAAGUAUUCGUGAAUAGUUUUGCUCACUGGAAAAGUCCAUACAAAAAAUCAUACAGUGACUCGAAUCCGAAUUCGUACGGCUAAAGUUGCGUCUAAACAAGAAACGAAUAGGUUCGCGACGAUUUUGCUCACUCUGAGCAAAAUCAUCGUGAAGCCCUUAUUUUCUUCGCCAGAGCUCCCCUAGAGGCCUUUUUUUAUAUGAAAUGACAGCUUUGACAGCAGUUUUCGUUCAUUCGCUGUGUUUCCGCCCCCUACACGUUUUCGCGAAUUUGUAUGGGAUGACGUAAAACUGCAAACAUUCGUCUCGUCGUCGUCGAACAUUCGCUGAACAUUCUCUCUCGUUUAGACGUAACUUAACCCUACGCCAGCUACGCGACGCAAACUCAUGCUCGUACAGCAUUAUUGU